GAAUACAAGACAACACAUCCAGACUUUCACAAUCAUCCCACAGUCCAGCUCCCAUGUCAGGAUUGUAUGUCGGGGCAGGUAAGAAAAUGGGCUAAUAUUUAGGUUGUUCACAUCCGACUAUAUUGCGCUACAUAAAAGCUCAAUCUCUCAAUCUGUAUUUAAGACUGGCUGAUCUAACCUGUUGUCCUCUAAAUUAUUCGCAUGAAAAAAUUAUCUGCCAUUCAUUAUCUUGUACAACUCAAAGAAAUAUUUUGUCACAUCCAGUAAAGUUUCAUUAUGGUUUCCAGAGUAUAUUUUUAUGCCUUUGGGCAAGGAGUCCCUUCACAGAUAGGACCCCACACGCAAACAUAGAUUCCAUAACAAAAGUAUGGAUUUGAUUAUACACCAUGCCGUCCAAGCACUCCAGUUUUUUUUGUUUGUUUUUUUUUUGUUUUUUUUGUGCUGGCAUCCGUCCGUCACAAUGUGACGAUGGAAAGGGCUUCGGAGGACGAAAUCCACAUGGCCUGGGAUUAUUCUUCAAGGAUUAUAAGCUGGUUCCCAAUAGCAAAUCGCCUCUCUCCACGCCGCUGGAGAACCCAAGGGAACAUCAUGUGGAUGAUGCAGCUUGGCACCAGUGACGUCGCAGGAGUUGUCGGAAUGAUUCAUUUUACCAAUGUUAUCCGCCUUUCGGGACUCCAUCUCCGGGUUUGAUUUCAGAGUUGCCUUCUUUUAGAUGAGUUGCCUUCUUUUAGAUGAGUUGCCAUCCAAGGUUAACGAGUCCCAUCCACCCGGGGUGCUGGUGAUGUUUUUGCUUGACUGGGCUCUGGCUGGAAUUGAACUCGAGACCACCAACUUGAGAUUUGCUCAGUUUAGACCAAUCGGCACCCCAUGCACUCCAGUUACUCUCAUGAGUAAUGAGUCGAUAGUUAGUAUCCCCACCUGAAUAUGAAUCACUCAACAAAGUAGCAUUUGAAAGAGAGGUUUGAAAUGUUUUUCUUUGUGAAUAAAUGCAUCUGCAUAGAAAUGUUUUGCUUCUACAGUAACUGCAUAGAUGUUCAUUUCCUUCUACAGUAACUGCAUAGAUGUUCAUUUCCAAAGUAACUGCCUAGAUGUUCAUUUCCAAAGUAACUGCAUAGAUGUUCAUUUCCUUCUACAGUAACUGCAUAGAUGUUCAUUUCCGUGGUAACAAAACAGUGGCAGUGAAAGAUGGCGCAUGCAGCCUCUUUGAUACAACUAAACCUAUAGAAGGACUGUCUCCAACUGCAGGACUUAAGGCAUGUAUUGUGUCUCUAGCAGUGUAGCAGGACUAAGACAUGUAUUCUGUGUCUUGGAGUGUAGCGGGACUUAAGACAUGUAUUCUGUGUCUUGGAGUGUAGCGGGACUUAAGACAUGUAUUCUGUGUCUUGUAGUGUAGCGGGACUUAAGACAUGUAUUCUGUGUCUUGUAGUGUAGCGGGACUUAAGACAUGUAUUCUGUGUCUUGUAGUGUAGCGGGACUUAAGACAUGUAUUCUGUGUCUUGUAGUGUAGCGGGACUUAAGACAUGUAUUCUGUGUCUUGGAGUGUAGCGGGACUUAAGACAUGUAUUCUGUGUCUUGUAGUGUAGCGGGACUUAAGACAUGUAUUCUGUGUCUUGUAGUGUAGCGGGACUUAAGACAUGUAUUCUGUGUCUUGGAGUGUAGCGGGACUUAAGACAUGUAUUCUGUGUCUUGGAGUGUAGCGGGACUUAAGACAUGUAUUCUGUGUCUUGGAGUGUAGCGGGACUUAAGACAUGUAUUCUGUGUCUUUUAGUGUAGCAGGACUUAAGACAUGUAUUCUGUGUCUUGGAGUGUAGCAGGACUUAAGACAUGUAUUCUGUGUCUUGGAGUGUAGCGGGACUUAAGACAUGUAUUAAUGUUCACAAUUAUACCCAAAAAUUUUCAUUCACUGUAAAAAAUUAUCCCCAAAAAAUGUUCAUUUGUUUUACCUUAGGUCAAAAGAUGUGUUAAAUUUUACAAAGAUAUCUUUGUAUGUUAUUUCCAGUACUCAUUUGAUACUUACACUGCCUUUUUUUUCUUUUACCAGUCUUUUCUCUCCAUGUUUGUGGACGAGGGUGUCACCAUGGGACUGGGACGCCGCCAGUCUGCAACAGCGGAUGAUAACCCCCCGUCCCCACUUGGCAUCGACCCGUCUGAGAUGUUCUCAUCCCAGCAAAGCACAGGGUCUCCCAUUCCCAGGUCCACGCAAGCCCAGACCCGACAGGACAACUUUAGGUUCCACAGUCCCAUGACCCCACCAUCCAACCCUCACACGCCGGCAUCUCCUGGCUCUGCCAGGCUGCCAGCUGGGGUAAGUUCACUAUUUACUUUAUGUUGGUAACAUGUCACCUAGUCGCUGCUUUGCUUCUUUGUUCUUGGCUCUUUUUUUUUUCACUUCUUAUAUCACCUUAACUUUAACUUCUUUUAUAUAAGCCCUGUGACUUUAUUUUGUUUUAUUAUUAGUAGUGCUUCUUUCUUCAGCUCUUGAAGUUCGAGUUUUUUUCCAAUUUUCUGAGUGGAUUUUAUAGGUAAUAAAAAUGUUAUAGUUAUUCAAAGAUAUAGAUAGAAGCUGUUAAGUUUUCAAUAGAGUUUGUCAUUUUUCAGACUGGAAAAUGUCAGACUUUACUAUUUUUAGAACGUCGGACAAAUAUUUCUUAAAACUCAAACAUGGCAGGUAAUAGUGUGUUUCAGCAUAUGGUUUGAACGAUCCUUGUAUCUAGAGUCAAUGUUACAUGUGCAGUACGAGCAAUGUCCCAUUUCACAAAAUAGCAGUAAAAAAAAUUUGUAAAAUAUUUUGUAAAAUGUAGUUGUAAACAAGCUUUUGAUCUAGGUUAAGGUCCUCCUCGCCAACAUAGUAGUACUGAACGGUGUUGACAUUUUGUCCGACCUGAGUACCCGGGUGAUUACAGCAGUUCUAUCAAUAGAUUUCCACCAUUAAAUGACAAGCUCUAUGGACAAAAAAAAGCCAUCAAUUUAGCACAGGAAAAUUUAUCAAGGCUUUAAAUUUUGGAAACAUAAAUGAACAUUUUUCCAAUGAAAAUAUUCUGAUAAAUGGCUUUUUAAUGCUUUAAAAACAAUUUGUCUUAAUUUAAGCUAUGGUUAGCCCUUAUUCUGAUAAUUUAAAUCAUACCAUAUGUAGCACAACAAUUAACUGUGCUUUCUGUUAAAAAUUCCAGUAGAUUAAUGCCAAUGAUCCUGUAAAUUUGUAACCACUGGUUCCAGCACUCAAGUUCUGGUGCUACCAGAUUAGAUCUAUUGGCUUCAGUCAAUUAUUGCUGCUGCUCCAUGUGUUAAUCUUCUUCAUUUGUUACCCUCUAGGUGAAUCCAUCUCCAUCCACUGCACUCAUGGGCACGCCCUCGCCCGGGAGCCUCCUGACAGCCAACUCACCAGGGAACCCCCAGCUUCAUGUGCCAUCUCCUGGUUCUUUUGUACCAGCCCCCUCCCCUCAGUCCUCACUGGUUGGCAUUCAUAUGCAGUCGCCAGCAACGUCCUUUAUGAGCGGUCAGUAGUAUUUUGGGAGCAUGGGAUGUUUCAUGUUUAGCUUUAAAUUGAAAAAUGCCUAAAAACAAUGUUUAGUCACAACUAAUGCUUUCACAUUUUUUAAAUCUAACCUUUCUAUUAUAGUAAAAUUGAAAAGUAGACACCUAUAAUUUGCAUUUUUUAAACCAUCUGCAUAAUUUUCUUUAAGAUUUGUUUUAUAAUUUAGUUGCGUCAAAACAAAAAUCGGUUUCCUUAAUAUAAAUAAAACUAAUAUUAUCGGCUUCCUAAAGUUUUCUCUUAAAUAUUUAUACAUGUCAAUUUUUGCCGAUCAGUUUCUUUUAAAUAAAUAAAUAUUUCAUAGCAUAUUUUUUAAUGAGUCUAUGAGCCAAGUUUCAGCUCGAUCGGAUAACGCCAAGUGGGCCAAUUAGCCAUCUGAAGGUCUUUCCAGCCAGCCAGCCACCAACAAAAGUGAAGUUAAUAUAAACGAUUUUAAAAACCUUUAAAUGUGACUGAAGUAUAAUUUUGCUUCCUAAUUUUUCUAUCCUUUUUAUGACUAUAUUUCAGGUAUUGUUGAUGGAGGCUCCCCAUUCCCGGGGGCAAGUUUGGCCAUGCCAUCCCCAGGCGGCGUAAG